GACCCUGUCCCCUCCCCUGCCACCGUCCAGGACUGUCCACCCUGCCGGAUCCUCAGAUCUCAGCCCCCUCCUAAGCCUGGGAAUCCGCAUAGCACUGAGGGCCCUUCAGCGCAGCACCAGCGCGGCCAUGACGAAGGACUACCAGGAUCUGCCUCACCUGGACAGCGAGGAGCCCGACCGCCAGCUCCGGAGAGGGCCGCCUCUCCGCCAGCCUCUCUUGCAGCGCCUCUGCUCGGGACCCCGCCUUCUCCUGCUCUCCCUGGGCCUCAGCCUGCUGCUGCUGGUGGUGGUCUGUGUGAUCGGAUCCCAAAACGCCCAGCUGCGGCGCGAGCUGCGGGCUCUCGGGGAGACCCUCCGGAACUUCACGGCGAGCACCGAGGCGGAGGUCAAGGCCCUGGGCACUCAGGGAGGCAGCGUGGGAAGAAAGAUGAAGCUGCUGGAGACCCAGCUGGAGAAGCAGCAGGAUCUGAGUGAAGAUCACUCCAGCUUGCUGCUCCAUGUGAGCCAAUUUGUGUCUGACCUACGGAGCUUGAGCUGUCAGAUGGCCGUCCUUCAGGGCAAUGGCUCUGCGAGGACCUGCUGCCCCAUUAACUGGACAGAAUUCAAAGGCAGCUGCUACUGGUUCUCCAACUCUGGAAGGGCCUGGCGGGAGGCUGAGAAUUACUGCCAGCUGGAGAACGCCCACUUAGUGGUGGUGACUUCCUUGGAGGAGCAGAAAUUUGUCCAGCACCACAUGGGCCCUAUUAACACUUGGAUUGGCCUAACUGACCAAGAUGGGCCCUGGAAAUGGGUAGAUGGAACUGACUACGAGAAAAGCUUCAAGAACUGGAGGCCGGACCAGCCGGACGACUGGUACGGACAUGGGCUAGGAGGAGGAGAGGACUGCGCCCACUUCACCGCUGAUGGCCGCUGGAAUGACGAUGUGUGCCAAAGACCCUACCGCUGGGUCUGUGAGACCGGGUUGGGCAGGGUCAGCUAGGACCCUCCCUCCCCUAAUCUAUCCACUUGUCUUCGGCCGUGGGGGCUUGGGAUAGAGACUCCUAUCUGAGGGUUUGGGGAUUUUCAUCUGGAAUUUUUUGUUUGUUGGUUUGUUUUUAGAGGCAGGGUCUCACCCUAGCCCAGGCUGAUUUGGAAUUCACUUUGUAGUCUC